UUUCAUAAUAUUGUGGAUAGUUCAUAUGUACUAUUAUUUUCCAGUUUCUUUGAUUCUUGUUGGAGUUUUAUGGGGAGUCACGAAUCCUUUGAUCAAGAAAAGAUCCAAGGGUUUAAAAAAAGUUAAUGCUGAUUCAACAUUGAUGCAGUUUCUUCUAGAUGUGAAAAUGUUGGCCACUCACAUUGAGUACUUGGUACCGAUCGCAUUGAAUCAGGUUGGGUCAGUUUUAUAUUUCAUUACUUUGCAAAAUGUGGAUCUAACAUUAUCAGUUCCUGUUGCAAAUUCACUGACUUUUGUUUUUACUGCAAUAUCUGGAUGGAUUCUGGGUGAAGAGUUACCAAAAACAAGUACAAUAUUGGGAAUAGUCUUGGUUAUAUUGGGUACCAUUCUUUGUUGUGUGGAUAAAUAUAAAAAUUAG